UCUGCGGUCAGCCGCGCCUCGUCGCUGCUCGGCUUCCUACGUCCAAUCUUCUGUCAUUUUAACGAUGGCUACAAUCGAGCACGUGUCGCCGUUGCAAUUUCGCGCAAGCUCAUGACCGAUGCAUCGUGCCCGCUUUCUCAUCUGCAGCGCGGCGCGCGCAGGCCUUUAACGCGAUCUGUUGUUUUUGUCUCGAUCCACCUGCCCGGCUAGCCUGAGCGCAUCUUUGCCAGCGGGGGGUGACGGAGGGAAGACAUGCCGUCGCAGGGCAUCCGUCGCGACGCCUGAGCGAGCCACCAUGAUGAAGACGGAACCCACGUCCAAGAGCGCCGGCUCCGCGCUCAGGAGCCCGUCCCCGCAUAGGAGCGCCUACGAGGCGGGGAUGCAGGCCCUCAAGCCCGUCGCGGACAACGCCGCCAACGGCGACGUGCACGACGGCCCCCGGGGGCGCAGGUACGGUUCCAACGUGCACCGCAUCAAGAACAUGUUCCAGCAGCUGCAGACCACCACGGCCGACGCCGAGACCGAGGAGGGCGCCGAGGCAAGCGACAAAGCCGUGCGCCUCUCCCUCCCCAGGGCUGGCAGCCUGAACGAGAACGUGGACCACAGCGCGCUGCUCAAGCUCGGCUCCACCGUGUCCGAGCGCGUCAGCAAGUUCGACACCAAGCCCGAGAACGGCCACCAGCGGGCUUCGUCGCCCAGCUACUCCAAGCUACAGGAGACCCGCCGCAUUUUCGAGCAGCAGCAGGAGAAGCUGGCCACCACUAGAGUUCUGCUCAAGGCAGACAAGGCCUCGGGCCUGCAGGAGGGCAGGCUGGACAUGAUGGCCCGCUUCAACGGCAGCACCGAGUCCCUGGACAGUCUGGACGCCAGCGAGGCCGUGUCCCCCACCGUCAGCCAGCUUAGCGCCGUCUUCGAACGGGCGGCCGAGCUCCGGAACAACCUGAACCGUCUCUCGUCCACGCCGCCGCUCCCCUCCAGGGGGGUCAGCGCCAAGGUGGGUGUUUUGAACUCCAAAAUAAUCACAAAGAGGGCCAGCGCCCUGGCCGCCGGCAACCAGGGCGAGGACUUCGGCGGGCAACGGGACCGAGAGGCGCUCGCGAGGAGCGCCCGCAGGGGGGCCGGCCCGGCCGAGAGCACGAACGGGGGUCAAAAGGCGGAGGCGGAGCAGAACAGGGCAAAGACCGUGUCUGACGCCGGCGUGGAGGCUAAAGCCGAGCAGCCGGAGGAGGCCGGCACUGCGGCGCGCUACGAAAGCCGAGAUGACACCUCGAAGGCGGCGGACGAGGACGGCCGGACGCCGGGAGACGACGGAGGAAGCCAGGAGAACGACGAGGACGACGACGACGACGACCGCUACGAGGCCGAGUCCAGCUGCGUGGAGAUCGCCGGGUUGCCCGUCGAGGAGGAACCGCCCCCGUCGAGGAAGAUCCGCUUCAGCGCCGAGCCCAUCAAGGUGUUCGCCACCUACCCCAACGAGGACUACGACAGGCGCAACGAAGACGUGGACCCUAUGGCCGCGUCCGCCGAGUACGAGCUGGAGAAGCGGGUGGAGCGGCUGGAUCUGUUCCCCGUGGAGCUGGAGAAAGAUGAGGACGGCCUGGGCAUCAGCAUCAUCGGCAUGGGCGCCGGAGCCGACAUGGGCCUGGAAAAGUUGGGCAUCUUUGUCAAGACCGUCACUGAGGGGGGAGCGGCACAUCGCGACGGCAGGAUCCAGGUAAACGAUCUGAUCGUGGAAGUGGACGGGACGAGUUUGGUGGGAGUCACCCAGAAUUUCGCUGCUUCCGUGCUAAGGAACACGUCAGGAACUGUCAAGUUCUUCAUCGGGCGCGAGAAGCCAGGCGAGCAGAGCGAGGUGGCGCAGCUCAUCCAGCAGACACUGGAGCAGGAACGCUGGCAACGUGAGAUGCUGGAACAGCGCUACAACCAGUACAUGGAAGAGCAUGAGGGUGGUGAGUACGGCACCGACGAGGAGGAGGAUGAGGACGAAGAUGUCAGUCCGCAGUACACAGGCGCCAUCGAGGUGUUCGACUUAGCGGAAAACGAGGACCUGUCGCCGCUGGAGACGGACCCCGAGAAAUUGGCCCAUAAAUACAAAGAGCUCCAAAUAAAGCAUGCCGUGACUCAGGCCGAGAUCCAGCAGCUGAAGAGGAAGCUGCACCACGCCGAGCAGGACAAGCAGCGCUGGCGUAUGGACAAGGCGCAGCUGGAGCAGACCCUGCAGGAAAACAAGGAGCGCAUGGAGAAGCUGGAGGGUUACUGGAUGGAGGCGCAGAGCCUGUGCCAGGCGGUGGACGAGCACCUGAAGGAGACGCAGGCGCAGUACCAGGCGCUGGAGCGCAAGUACAGCAAGGCCAAGAGGCUCAUCAAGGAAUACCAGCAGAAGGAAAUCGAGUACCUGAAGAAGGAGACACAGCGAUGUGCACAAGUCGGAGCCGAGGCGUCACUCCUCAAGGAGGAGUCGGGUCAGCUGCAAGAACAGGUGGCCGACCUGGAGUGCCGUGUGGAGGAGCUGAAAUCUGAACCUUUAUAAGAAGCAUUUGGGGGGGUAAAAAAGAGAGGAGGAAGGAAAACACGAGGAGCUGCAGGGUAUCUCUAAAUUUACUCUCCAUGUGGAACCCUUUUUCUUUCAAACCUGGAGAGUAUUUCAUCCCUGAGUUUGUUAUUUGUGACACGUCGAGCUGUCAUUUUUUUUUUUUUUUUUCCAAUUGCCAAACGAAAACAAAACGUCCUCUCUUUCUUGUUUGGUGACUUUUUCCAGCGUGUACAGAACUGACUGUUGUAUAGGUGUGGUUUAACAAGAGUUUUUAAUGUGUCAAAGAAUUUAACACAUCAUGUAAACUCUUAAUUAGACACAGGGUUAUUGCUGUAAACUUGAUGUGAAAUUGACAACUGAGGUGCUUUGCCAGGGGAUCAAAACUGGACUGAUUGUAACCAUGGCAACCACCUGCUGCCUAGAAGUGUUUGUGUAUUAUUAUUUACACACAUAAGACUCAUGAAUAAGAGUCCAGGCCUCUGUUCAUUUAUGACUACUAACAAGAGUGGGCCAGUACCAGCAGAGGACAUUUUACAGUCUGGAACCAGCAGCUGCAGCACAAGGAAAAACAAAACAAAAAGACACAUACACACACUGCCUGAAUUGAACGCCACACACCUGUGUCGCGCUACCACCGCCAUCUUUGUAGAGCUCAGCUUCUAUUUUAACUUCAUAUUUAUAACACAGACCCAUGAGCAAACAAAAAUAUUAUGUAAAAAAAAAAAAAAAAAAAAAAAAAAGUAAUAUAUCCAAGUGACUGAAAUGAAGAAAAACAGGCAGUUGUAUUUUUCCUAAUAAUAAUAAUAAUAAUAAUGAUGAUGAUAAUAAUAUGUACAGUGCACAUGCUUUGCAUUGUGUUUUGUGGAUUAAAUGGUCAACAGUGGUGGACAAAGUGCUUGUUUUUAUUUCAACUGUGCACUAAGGACGGCCAUUUGGUUGAUCGAGAAAAUUAACGUUAAAUAUUUUGCAUACUAUUGAAAAUGGCAUUCAAAAUUAUUCAACCUCGUUGUCAGAGUUCUUGAAAUAGCGAUAUACAACUAACAUGACACCAUUUAUUAAAAUUAAGUGUGCAACAGCAUGUAUUGAACAGAAUGCUACCUGAUAGCAGAGGUCUGCGUGGAUGUAGUUCACGUAGCUGAUGUAGCGACGUUAUAGCCACAGAGAUAAUUAAAUGCUCUUCCACUAGACUGCAGAAUGUACAUAAUUAACCUGUGUAUCCACUUUUUGUGACAAUUUGUUUUGGCGCUGUGCCGUGAGAUCUUUUGUAUAUAAAACAAAUUGUUUUAUAUAAUAAAGGUUGUGAAAAACUGGUCUAAAGCAUUGUUUCCCAACUUUAUUGAGCAAAGGUAUAUAUUUUUCAUUACAAAAAAAUAUAAAGGCACACAAUCAAAUCAAAAUGUCACAAAAACUGGAUACACAGGUUAACUGAAGUUAUGCACAACCAAUUCAGCAGAACGAGACAAAGCACUUCCUACCUGCUCAGGUAACUGGCCUGCGCCUUCAUACAGGAGACCGGGAAAAAGCACCUGUAGGAACUUUAAAUGUCUACAAUGUCUUUUGUUUUACACAAAAUAUCUCCAAAAGCUAUCGACGACGACCACCUCGAAUGUUUUGGCUUUGUUGGUGUUUACGUAUAUCAUGUCAUAUCAUAUGCAUGUAUAAAUACAAAAUACACAUUUAACUUAUGUCCAAAGACGCCAGUUUCGGUAAAAAACUAAACAAAAAAAAACAUCAUGCCACAGCCCGUAGUUAUCAUAGUUU